GUGAUCUGUUUGUCGACAAUGGUGUGGUCUAUGCCAGAAUGAAUCCGGUGACGGUGCACGAUGAUCCACAAGGCUGGUUUACGUUUGCGGAAGCAGUGGUUAAGCCGUUGCAUGAAUUGCCUGUUGUGCUGAUGCGCAAAGACCCUCCUUUCGAUAUGGAAUACAUUUACAGCACCUAUUUGCUGGAAAUGGUACAAAAACGCGGUACGCUGGUAGUGAAUCGACCGGAAAGUAUCCGCAGUGCUAAUGAGAAAUUGUUUGCCACUUGGUUUCCUGAUUAUUGCCCCCCGACCCGUGUUACCCGUGAUAUGGCGCGGAUUCGUGAGUUUCUGGUGGUGCAACAACACAUUGUGGUGAAGCCGCUGGAUGGCAUGGGUGGCUCAAUGAUCUUUCAGAUCAAACAAGGUGACCCUAACAGUAAUGUGAUUUUGGAGGCGAUAACCGCACACGGUACACGCACGGUCAUGGCACAGCGUUUUCUGCCCGAAUACAAGCUGGGUGACAAACGUAUUCUGCUGAUUGAUGGCAAGCCAUUUCCUCAUGCCUUGGCGCGAAUUCCGGCUGAAGGUGAGGGGCGGGCUAAUUUGGCAGCGGGUGGGACGGGCGUCGGGGUGGAUUUGACCGAG